AUGUAUCAAAGAAUAUUAUCAAGAGCGAUAAGAGAAUUUAUUGAACUUCACACUCGGACAAAACCGGUAUCUAGUAAGAAAAAAUCAAUUUGCCAGUCAAAAAUAGUUUUAGGAGAUGUAGAAUUCGAUUAUGAUUAUAUUACAAAUCCAAAUAAUCGCGAAGAAAUCGAAAAUAAUAUUAAAAAUCGUAAAAAUGUAGGAGACAUAAAUAGAGUUCUCGAAUUAGAUAAUCAAUUUAGAGAUGAAAAAUGUCCUGGCAAAAGAGAAACAUUGUGGCAGUCUCUUGUUAAAGAAGCCGGUAGCCUACCAAAUAAAACACAUCCAGCAGUUAAAGAGUAUGGCGAACGACCUAGAGUCUUAAAAAGUUCUGAACAUGUAACUCAUUCUUUCAUACCUAAAGAUUUUCAGGAAUUGGCCAAAGAUUUAAAAUUAUUAAGAAUGGAAGAUUUAACUACAGUAGCAGGUCAAAGAAGUUAUUUCUUUACUGGAGAUUUGGCUGAUUUAGAACAAGCAUUAAUUAAAUAUACAAUAUCUAGGUUGUUGAAAAAAAAUUUUCAACUGAUAUCAGUGCCGGAUAUAUUACCAAUGGAGGUAUUGGAAAGGUGUGGCAUGACACCAAAUGCUCUUCAAACACAAGUUUAUCAGUUAGAUGAAUCUCAUGGUCAAAACAUUGCACUUUCAGGGACUUCUGAAAUGGCUUUAGCAGCGAUGAAUUCAAAUGUAGUUUUCAAUCUUAAAGACCUACCUGUAAAUUUAGCAGCAGUUAGUAGAUGCUUUCGUUCAGAAGUUUCUCAUUUUGCUGAAGAGAAAGGGUUAUAUAGGGUUCAUCAGUUUACAAAAGUUGAAAUGUUUGGAAUAUCUCAUCCAGACAAUUCGGAAGAAAUGAUGCAAAAUUUUGUCGACAUACAAGAAGAAAUAUUUAGCUCUUUAGGUCUUGAUUAUCAAAUAUUAGAUAUGCCAAUGCAUGAAUUAGGGGCUUCAGCAUAUAGAAAACAUGAUAUUGAAGCUUGGUUUCCCGGUAAGGAAAUUUAUGGUGAAAUAUCAAGCUGCAGCAAUUGUAUUGACUAUCAAUCUAGAAGACUCAAUAUUAAAUACAGAGACGAAGAUAAAUUAUUUCACGUUCAUACGGUUAAUGGAACGGCUUGCGCCAUACCUAGAAUGUUGAUGGCACUUUUCGAAACUCAUCAACAACAAAAUGGAAACAUUUUACUGCCAAAACCGUUGAGGCCUUUUCUUAACGGUAAAGAAGUUAUACAAGUACAAAAUUCAAUACCAAAAUUAAUAUCGAGAAUAAAAGAAAGUCGUAAAAACACAUCGUAG